UAACAAAUUAAAAUCAGUUGAAUUACGAGCGGCGAAGUUCGACAAAUCCAAGCGUCGAAGGGUAUUCCAGUUUGGAAGUCAUAUCGCACGGCAACGCCGGAGCGCGCGCACGUGUCACAGUGUCUCCGCGAACCCGCCGCGCGAACUACUUCGCGAAAUAUAGCAAUUGUUUCGCUUAAUAACAGUACGUAGACAUUAAUUAAUAUUUUGUGAGUGAGAGUUGAUGACGUCUGGUCAUUCUAGUGGAACUGCAGUUAUGUGAGGUGGUUGCUCGGUACGAGAAUAUUUUUGGAACACCCACAGUCGAGAAAACAACUUUAUGCUAAAAAGUUUACCGUUGUGAUAGUGUGCGAUGCGACACGCGAACUGAGUUGCGUUAGCAGAGGAUGGCGUACUACCGGUGUGGGCCGACCGCCAUCGGCAGCCGGUCGUCUUGGGCGCCGGCGACGGCGGUGACGCCCGUCUCACCUGCCCCAGACCACAAGCCCUUCCCGCGCCCCCUCAGCGGCACCUUCGAUCGCAUCUACAACACUUUCGAGAGGACCAAUGCUUUUGAAUAUGUACGCAACAAUUUCGAGGGCAAAGAGGAGGAGCGGCACACGGGGCACGGCGACGUGGUGGUGAACCGGCGCAUGAGCAGCAGCUACGAGCGCGCCGACUGCGCCCUCGCCGCCGUCGCACCAGUGCUGGAAGACGAGGACUUCUACCGGGAGAAGAUUCUGUACUCGCAGGCGAGACAGCUCUUUCCCCUGCAGGAGGACCUCGCCGAUUGGAUCAAUAAGACUAUUGGGAUAACGUACCUGACCGGCGAGAAUUUCUUGGAUGUGCUGGAUAAUGGCGCCGAGCUGUGCCAGCUGGCGGCCGUCAUACACGAGAAGGCCAGGGAGGCGCUCGACCAGGGACUCAUUGUCGGGCCCGUGCCGCAGAUCCGCGGGCGGUGCUGGCAGCGCGCGGCGCGGCGCAGCUUCUUCUCGCGCGACAACACCGACAACUUCAUCACCUUCUGCCGCGAGCUCGGCGUCCACGAGAACCUACUGUUCGAGAGCGACGACCUCGUGCUGCACAACCAGCCGCGGCAGGUGAUCCUGUGCCUGCUGGAGGUGGCGCGGCUGGCGACGCGGUUCGCGCUGGAGCCGCCCGGGCUGGUGCGGCUGGAGGAGGAGAUCGCGCUGGAGGAGCGCGACUCCGGGCUCGACUCCGCCAUGUCGUCCGCCGCCUGGCAGUUCCGCGGCGCCUCGCCCGCGCCGCUCUCGCACGACUCGGCGCCUGACGCCGACAGGACCCUUACCGACGCACCUCCAGAGACACCGGAGCCUAAUGAUGCGGCGCUGUCGGUGACGGAUAACGCAGAUGCAGAGAGCACCAAGUCGGAGGGCACCGUGGAGAGCACAGACUCGGACGUGCCUCUCAAACCCACAAACGAACUCGACAAAAGGGUCCAGCUAGUGACGCGCCUGAUGGAGCGAGGCUGCAGCUGCAGCUCUGGGAAAUGCUCCAAGCUGCUCAAGGUAAAGAAGGUCGGCGAGGGACGCUACAACAUCGCCGGCAGGAACGUCUUCAUCAGGCUGCUGAAGGGUCGUCACAUGAUGGUGCGCGUGGGCGGCGGCUGGGACACGCUGGAACACUUCCUGUCGCGCCACGAGCCGUGCCAGGUGCGACUCGUCACGCAGGGCCAGGGCCGGCGCGCCGACGUGCUGCCCGUGCCAGUGCCCGCGCCGGUACCCGCGCCGGCCGGUUCCGAUGACAUCGAUGCGUUGUCACCCAUCCCCCGCCGCAGCCUCUCCCCCGCCAGCACCACUUCCCUCACCAGCAAAGAGCCCUCCGUCGCCGGCACCGUCUCCCCCAUCGACAGUAAGGCCUCCUCGAUCAGCGGCAAGGCCUCCCCUGUAGACAUAAAGAGCGGGCGGAGCACCCGCGCGUCCAGCAAGGCCAGCAGCGGCAAGAGCUCGCCCGUGCCGGGGUCAGGGCCGGUGUCGGUGCCGGCGGCGGAGGCGCGGCGCACGUCCACGCCCAACAAGCCGGGCGCGCGCGGCGGGCGUGCGGCGCUGUCGCUGUCCCUACACUCCACCGCGCCCGCGCCCGCCGCGGCCCGCGCGAGGAAGCAGUCCGCGCCGAGUAGCUUCAGCACCCCCAACACUCCCACCGGUAGAUCGGGCCGCACCCCACCCGCAGUAGAGUACGGGAAGUCGCUCACGUCCGCGUCGUUAUUGAACACACCUAAAAAGUCCCGCAGCAUGAGUCUGGCGCACGUGCAGAAGGACGAGCGGAAGUCGUUCUGCGGCUCGGAGCGGCUCGCGCCGGCGCGCAAGAGCGCCAGCGCCGCCUCCACUCCCACUCUGCCUGCCGCGCGCAAGACUCGGAGCCAGAGCCUCGCCUCCACUCCCGUCCACGAACCCAAAAAACCGAUCUCCUACACCAACGGCUAUGCCAAAAAGACAAGGAGCAUGAGUCUCGCCACGCCCAUUGCCGCCAUAAAACCAUUGAACAAGAGCGUAUCGGUGACGGUGAACGGCGCCAUGACGCAGGCCGCCAUAGAGGAGAGCAUCCGGCUGUCGCUCGCGGCCACCAUCGCCGACGAAGACACCGUCAAAAAACCGUUUUUGCAUAUCAAAGCCAAAUACAGGAGUCCUCCGCCGAGGGAGGUGCCCCCGAGAUAAACGUUAACAACUCCCAUUCCAUUAGUUUUUAAAUUUGACAUAUGUUAUUAUAAAGUUCAAUUUAGUUUGCGAUCAUUUAUAAGCGUUAUUUAGAUCUUUCCAAUUAAGCAAUCUCUUCAUUCUUAUUAUCUCCUAGUAUUUAUAAGUAUUCGUAAUUUAAUUCAUCGUAUUCAUUCAUUCACUCCAUAUUAGCGGGAGACUAGUCAUAAUGAAUUAUUUUAAUAAUUUUUAAUGUAAUUUAUAAUUAUUGUCUUUCUAUCCAAUUUUAAUAAUUAUUCUGAUCUUUAAUUGACUUAAAUAGAAAAUGGUUUCUCAAUUCCUAUUAUUAUUUUUUAUAUUCAGAUGUAAGACGAAUUUUACAAUACAAUUAUUCCUUUUGCAAUUCGAAUAGCUUUGGAAUAGUAUUAUUUCAAUUUCAUUGGUAUAAAGCCUUGCACUUCUAAGAUGCAGAGAGGAGCCCCUGAAAAUCAAAUUGCAUUUUAAUAUUUUUUUGUUAUAUUGUGUAGCUUUAUUUUCCUACCAUAUUAAGAAUAUUGUUGUUUAGCAUGAACAACGAAGAUGUGGCAGGAAAUCUUCAAAAUUAAAUAGGACGGAACGUUUUUCUUUGUAUCAGGUUCAAAUAGAUAUGAUUUUUAAGUAAGAAAAAAAUCUAAAUGCAAAAUCUUAUUAACAAAAAAUAAAACCGACUUCACAAAUUAUUAUAAACCAAUAAAAUAUUAACUUUAUAAUGUACAAGCUUGUUAGAAAUUAUUAAAAGACAAGCAAUGUAAUCUUUGUUUUACGCACAUAAUAUUUUUUUUUUGGAGCCUAAUUUGGCCGCCAAGCUGAGCAAAUACAUGAACAAAUAACGGAAACAAUGUUCUAUUUAAUCUGUACUAAAAUAAAUCAAAUAAUAAAUAUAAUAAUUUUUCUGGUUAGUGGUUUUUGAAGUCAGUUGUAUUUUUGUUAAAAAGAUUUUCUAUAAUGCAUUUGCAAUAUAAUUUUAAUUUUGUUUUAUUUAAUGUUUGCUCCAACAUUAACUGGUAUUGACGAUUAUGAAAAGUAAUUAUUUGUUGUCACAAUCGUUGUAAUGAAGCAACCAUACAUACAUAAGCGUGAUGUUAAUGAUAUUAGCGGCAGCAGCGUGUCUUCCCGCGGGAGGAGUUCCCGCAGGAAGACUCGCGCGAGUCCGCUGCGACGUGGCCUCAUACGCACUAGCGACCGUUACCGUACAAACUUGUUAAUUAGACGGUAUAUUUUCAUACGAGACGAUAGUAUUUUUGCACUGAAGGUAGAUAGACAAGCACUAGACCCUAUUUAAAUGUACGUUUUACAAAUAUAUAAAGUUUAAGCCGGGCGGCGUUUAUUAAGCGUUUACAAUGACACUAGAUAGUAUGUCGACCACUCGAAUUUAUCGCGAGGGUGUGUACGCUAUAGAGUUUUAAUUCGUAGUGACGUCGACGGAUAGUGUAGAAUGUUAUUGUGUAAAGUACUUCACAUUACGGCACACUGUUCUGUACCACGUUCGAGCACACGAUCCAGUGUGGGAAUCCGUAAAAUUCAUCUGCAUGGACUAAAAUCCGCACUCCGUCUUCCAUAGUUUGUGUCAGUCCCGGUCGGGUAAAGUAUUUCCUAUUGGGCAAUAUUUGCAAAUGAGUUUUACGGUGAUUUUCAAAUCUACUCGCACAGAAGUGGAAAUACAUUCGUCUUGCAGAACUGUAAAGAGGAAGUAGAGUGUACAUUAACCUAUUUUUAAUAUAAUCACUUAAGUGCAUUGUACACUGGUUAGUUCUCCUACACUGGUGGAGUUUCCGCUUGUGUGCCGGUAGAGGUACCUACGUUUAAUCACAAAGCUUAGCAUUAUUUAUUACGCACGCAAACAAAGUGAUAUGUAACUGCCAAUCGAAUUACAAUAUCGUGCCAACAGUUUUAUAAUUGUGUAUGGUUGAUAAUAAACAUUUUAAUAUCCAGUA